AACGGCUUCCUGUCACGUGCCGGUUAUUUCCUUGCUCCAGUCCAAGCGCUCGUUCGGCGGGAGUUGCGUUUUCUUCUCUCUCCGGCGUGAUGUCUGUCGUGCUGAACGCCCUCAACAGUGACUCCCAUGUGGAGCUGAGUCAAUACCGGGACCAGCACUUUCGGGGAAGCCGAUAUGAGCAGGACAAAUUGCUGAGAUAUAGCUGCACGCUCUAUGUUGGGAAUCUGUCGUUUUACACUACUGAGGAACAGAUCUACGAACUCUUCUCGAAAAGUGGUGACGUUAAGAGAAUCAUCAUGGGUUUGGACAAAAUCAAGAAAACUUCAUGUGGAUUCUGUUUUGUGGAAUAUUACACACGUAGUGAUGCUGAACAAUGCAUGAGAUUUAUUAAUGGAACACGCUUAGAUGAUCGGAUCAUCAGAACAGAUUGGGAUACUGGCUUCAGAGAAGGCAGGCAGUUUGGGCGAGGGAAAUCCGGUGGUCAGGUACGUGAUGAAUAUAGGACAGAUUAUGACGCUGGUAGAGGUGGGUUUGGAAAACUGGUCCAGAUGCAGAGAGUCCCAGAACCAAGACAGAAGUUCUAGAGUUUCAAUGGCUGCACAUUUGAGAGUGAAUCUUCAUAGAAGCCUGGGAUUGGAGCACACAGCUGACACUUUAAUGCCUAUAGCUUUGUGCUGUUCAUUCUUUCAUAGGCCCAAUGAACUCUUUUUACAGUUUCAGAAAAGAAGUGCCCAAUUUCUGAGGUGAAAUCAUUUUGUUCAAUUUUGGUUCCUUCUGAAGUUUUAGUUUUUGUCAAUUCUAAUAAAAACUGAAAAAAAACCUGAUUAAGUUGUCUUUGUAACCUCUGGUCAGCUGAUGCAAAAGUU